AUGGCUUCUACAGUGGUCCAGUCUGUCUCUGUUAUCGAAGGCCCUGCACUCGACGCCAAGUCAGAGGUGACCGUGACACAUCAUGAGAUCCCCACGCCCCCCGUUGCAGAUGAUUUCAUGUAUGACUUCAAGUAUAACCAUGCACUCCCCACCACCGAUGUUCUUGGUAUGGAGAUCCCGUCCAACUGCAAUGCUCAGAUAGAAGCCGAGGGGAUAGUUAAGGAUCUUUCAAAUGCCAUGGGAGCCGGAGACGCCCAAGCUUUCACAGACUUGUUCCUUGAAUAUGGCGUAUGGCGUGACAAGCUGUCUUACACAUGGGAUUUCCGCACUUUUAACUUUCAACCUGCCAUUCUGAAAGCUGCAAGCGACUUGUUCCCCCAAACAAAGGCCCGAAAUUUCAGAUUCCUCGCCCCUGCACCCAAGGUUGAUAGGCCUUACCCCGACUAUGCUCAGCUGCAGUUCGUUGUGUCUUUCGAGACAGAGAUUGUUGAGGCUUCUGCUGUCAUCAACGCCGUGCUCACCAAGGAAGGAUGGAAAAUUUACACCAUGCACACUGUCGCCGAGGAACUUCUCCAGUUUCCCGAACUUCCUCCAGCCGAUGGGCAUAUGACUGGUUUAAUUAGCUGGGAAAAGCAGAGAGCUCAAGAUGUAGACUCUGCGAACCCUGAAGUCCUCAUCAUCGGCGGUGGUCAAAAUGGACUGGCUAUGGCAGCUCGUCUGAAAGCGCUAGGGAUUGACAACUUGAUCAUCGAGAAAGAUGAAAUCGGUGACAUCUGGAGGAAGCGUUAUGAAUACCUUUCCCUCCAUUUCCCCCACUGGCCUGAUGCUUUGCCGUACUUUCCUUACCCUAAGGGCUGGCCGACUUACACUCCGGCUCAGAAGCAGGGUCUGUACAUGCAGUGGUACGCUUCGGCUCUGGACCUCAACAUCUGGACCAAGUCUACCAUCACAGACGCUAAGCAAGAUGAGGAUGGCAACUGGAACAUCACAAUCAACAAAGAAGGCAAGGAUACGCGUGUGCUUCACCCCAAGCAACUAAUUGUAGCCACCUCACUUUGUGGUCUUCCUUCGAUGCCCACCGUGCCGGGCAUGAAUGACUUCAAGGGCGAGAUUCGACACUCUACCGCACACGACUCCUCCAGGGGUUUCAAAAAGGUCUGCGUGGUUGGGACCUCAUCCUCCGGCUUCGACACCGCCUUUGAUUGCUCUCGUCGCGGAAUUGAAGUCACACUCCUUCAGAGAUCCCCAACAUAUGUCAUGUCGCUGACCCAUUCGGUCCCUCGUGUUCUCGGUGCCUAUGCUCCAGACCCCAAGACAGGCAACCUACCUGUUCUCGAAGAACAAGAUCGUCUGUUCUUCUCCACUCCCGUGGGUCCAGGAGAAGAGCUCGGCAGACGUAAUGCCAAGGUGCUCGAAGACCUGGAUAAGCCUAUGCUUGAUGCACUCAACGCUCGCGGUCUCCGUACAUGGCGUGGUCAGCGAGGCACCGGCAACGCAACGCUUGGACAGACUCGCAACGGAGGCUUCUACUUUGAUGCUGGUGCUUGCGAGCACAUCAUUAACGGCAAGAUCAAGGUGGAGCCUGGCUAUAUUGAGAGCUUCACAGAGGACAAGGUAAUUUUGAAUGGUGGCCGCGAGCGGGACUUUGAUCUAGUCGUCUUUGCCACGGGAUUCACAAACACGAUUGAGUCUAUCCGCGGUAUUCUUGGUGAAGAAAUCGCUAGUAGGGUUGGUCCUAUCUGGGGUAUCGAUGAGGAAGGUGAGGCAAAGACCGCCUUCAGAGAAUCCGGGGUGAAGAACUUGUGGAUAACCGUUGGGUUCUUGCCUCUAACUCGUUAUGUAUCUAAGUUGAUUGCUCUGCGACUCAAGGCGUUGAAGGAGGGCAUUUCUCCUUCACCAUAUAAGAUUUAG